UUUAUCGAUCAGCCUGAAGCCGAUUUUACAAGAUUUUUUUUUCUCGUUUCGUUUGAUUUGCAAACUGCGUAGACGAAAAGUCAUUGUUCUCUAAGUGAUUUUUUUUCGGCCUUCUUCUGUGUGGUCGGUUUUUUCUUUUCGCUUAUUUUUCAUGCAAACAAAAUGGUUGUGUCGAAUAAAACGAAAUUAUUAUUCUAUCGAGCAACAGUCGAACGACAUUCAGCACUUUUACUAUUGCAUUGCUAUACGUUCUAGACUGUUGCAAUUUUGUAUUCAAUACAGUCAAUUGAUACCAGUCCCAUUCAUAUACAAUGUUACAACCCAUACUCGAAUUUAUUUUCAUUCCAAUUAUCUUUCUGCAGCCGACAUUCCACUUCGGUCAGUCACAAUUUUUGCGCUUUUCCAACUAUGAUUUUCAAAUUGAUUUUCCAGUUUCGUAAGAAUUUAUUUAAUGAUCUGACUGUGAAUUACUUGAGGGUUAGAGAUUGUGUCAAUGAUCUAUACGCUGAUGCCGCUCAUUUGUAGCAUAAAAAUGCUUAUCGUAGGUAUAAUUCAUUUUAUAUGCAUAACGGCCUCGAAACGUUUCUGUAUAUUUAUACAUUAUUAUUGUAAGUUGCUUGUACUCACCUAGGUCAUAUCGUAUAUUAUUGUAUCGUUUCCUUGUUCACAGAAAACAACAGUUUUCAGGUGAUUCUUUUGUCUUUGAAACAAAAUGUUUCGUUGAAACAAUCUUACCGUAACAUCAGCCUAUAUCGAAUUCGUUGCAAAAUAGAGUUGUCGUUCUAGAGUUUCUCAAAUCCAUCGGUGGUUGGUUAGAAAAAAUUGCCCUGAUUCACCUACAGGUUAUGCAUUGCAUUUUGGUUGAAUAUUGAUGCCAAUGUUAUGUCUUCUUCCUUCUAAAUAGCAUUGAAGUUAUAAUUUGUAUUGUAAACAAAAAAGUAAAAUUCCAAAUGGACAAGGUAAAGUAAAGCUGAUGAGGUCACACGAUAUUGUUCACCGGUCUGAAGGACGGAGAAUUUGUUUGUUAAAUGGAAAUAUGUAUACUGUUGAUAACACCUACGUAAUAGUUAAAUGGGACAUCGUCUACAUAAAGUUAGAGAAAUGUUAUGGUACCGUCCUCUACGUAAUGACUUAAAAUUCAAUUUGGUCCUCAAGUCUUCGAUCAAAAAAAAUAAUUUUGAACUUCGAACGGAAUCCCUUACAGAAGUCUUCGCGGGAAUAUUCCUUGAAAGUGAUCCACCAAUGAUGAAUCGGCUUACUUACCAGAUGACAGUAAAUUGGAUGCUUACAACAAGGUUGUCGUUGGUUAAUGCAUCUGCAUCAUACACAUUAAUUUAUACCAACGACAAAUAAUGACACGGUAAAUGACUAAUUAAAUAAAUUCGGUUCCUCUGCUGCAUAUCACAAGAUGCGCAAUUUUAAUACGGAUGUUUGCCAAAUCGAUUUUUUUUUUUCUUCGAUCAAAAAGGGUACAUGCACGUGCAUAUUAAACAAAACCGAAUUUCACUGUAUGUGAUCAAGAAACGAUUCUGAUCGCUUAUGAUCGAUCGAACUGCAUUUAGUGGUCGUCGAUCGCGGGACGAAACAAAGUAAUAUAGAGGACGGAGAUCAUACCAACGUGCAGGUGUAAGAUACACAAUUCAUUUACAGUCGCCUCUGGUUCAGUUAAAUCGUUAGAUAUCUCAAAAAUGUUUGAGAGCCAAGCAGAUGAUGAAUUAGAAACAGAAGUGAGAACUGAAUCGCUCAAUCGGUUCGAUACUGAAUACGCAAAACAAUGUGUUAUAGUCAGCAUUGUGUUGCACAACGAUAAUACACUGACAGAACCUAUGUCGAAAACAGAAGAGGAAAAUAGAGUUGAAGACAACACAGAAACAAAGCAAGAGUGGAAGCUAUCUGACUUUGUUAUCGAUCGUCGGUUGGGAAGUGGACGGUUCGGUAAAGUGUAUUUGGUGCAGGAAGCAAGCACGACAAACGUUUAUGCGAUGAAAAAACAAAAUCGUAAUCAGACAACUGAAGUAAUGGUGGGCCGCGAGGUCGUAAUACAAGCAGACCUUUGUCAUCCUAACAUUCUACGGCUGUAUGGUUCGUUCCAUGAUGACACAUUCACUUAUUUAAUCUUGGAAUAUGCACCAAACGGUAGUCUGCUCAAAAAACUGGACAAAUUACCGAACAAACGGCUAGACGAGAAAUCUGCUGCACGUUACAUUUCAUCCUGUGCCGAUGCUCUCAUUUAUUUACAUGAACGAGACAUUAUUCAUCGGGAUAUUAAACCGGAGAAUCUACUGCUUAGUGUUAACGAUCAACUGAAAAUUUGAUUUCGGACUAUCGGUAAAUGCGCAGAACCAAAGACGAAGAACCAUUUGUGGAACGCCCGAUUAUAUACCGCCGGAAAGUAUGUGUCAACUUACCGUUCACAUUUGAAGCGAAAUGAUUUUCGUUGUUUUUCUCGGUCAGUCAUGAAUGGCGAACCGUAUUCAAAGGAGGUCGACCUAUGGAGCCUUGGUGUAUUGUGCUACGAUCUUCUGGUUGGUGAAUGGGCAUUUAAAGCACCAACCAAAGAGGACGCGUACUGGAAAACCAUCAAAGCUCACUACAAUCCAUUUCCAGAUUUUCUAUCAAAAACAGCCUGCCAAUUGAUCAGAAGGCUAAUCGUUGUGGAUCCAGAAUUCCGUUUGCCGCUGUCAGACGUGAAAAGACAUCCUUGGAUCGUUGCCAAUACACAUUAAGUUCGAUUUCCUCGUAUC